CCGCCACUGCCACAUCCUGGUCUUUAACUCUGUCACAGGGCACAGGGCGACCUCUGGGCCAGCAAUAAGAAGGACCUACUUCACCUGCGAGUCGCCACCCCAACACUCACAAGGGUGGCAGCAGCAGGUGGGAGACCAGUGGCCUCGGGUCCACAGAGAUUGCCAAAGGCCACCGACAGUGCAUCUUCAAACUCUCCUUGGAGCAACCUUGCCUAAGACCUGGGAGCCACGACUACCCAGCUCCAAUUCCGUGGCUGACGUGAGUCACUCGCAGAGGGCAGGCUGCAGACGGCUGGGCGGGGGUCCUCUUGACUGAGUUGGACCAAUUGGGACUAUCAAUAGCCUCACCUGUGAGGCCUUGUUUUCUCAUCACCCUUGAAAAGAGACUUCAGCAUCCUGGAUCCUUCUGUGGUUUCUCGAGGCAGCUCCACAGCGCAGCAGCGCGCGUACAGCUGCCUCAAGGAGUUGGGCAAGAUGGUAUUUGGAGUGCAGGACAUUGCAUUGUUAGAACAUGGUUGCAAGGCCUUGGAGGUAGACAGUUAUAAGUCCUUGAUGAUCUUGGGGAUCCCAGAGGACUGUAGCCACCAAGAAUUUGAAGACAUCAUACGGGUUCCCCUCAAACCAUUGGGCAAGUUUGAAGUGGCUGGGAAGGCCUUUCUGGAGGAAGACAGAUCCAAGGCAGCUAUCAUUAGGUUGGCAGAAGACCUCAAUUACGAUGUGGUCCCCAGGGAGAUCAAAGGCAAGGGCGGUGUGUGGAGAGUGGUCUACAUGCCCAAAUGGCAGGACAUUGAAUUCCUCACCAAACUCAAUUUGUUCCUGCGGAGAGAGGGCAGGACGGUAGAGGAUGUGGCCCGCAUCCUCAGGCAGGAGCUGUGUCCCACCACGCUAGGUCUUGGAGAGCUACCUCCCAGGAAGGGCUGCUUGUCUCCACAAGGGGAGAAUGAAGACAAGGGGGCCAUCACCAAGGGGAAUGGGGUGCCCCCUCUGGAGGACCCAGAGAAGGAGGACAAGCCUGAAGAAGGAAAGAAGGGCAAGAAGAAAAACAAGAAAAAUCGACGCCGACAGCAGGCUUCUGAUAAGAAGCUAAUGGCACUUGGAUCUUGGAACAAAAAGGGAGGAAAAAUCCAACAAAAAUUCCUGACCGUGACAUUCACAAUGAUAGCGGUGUUACUGAGAUACAUUUAAUUGAGUGAAGUUUCCAUUUAAGUAAAGUUAAAGAAAUGUACAGCCGUAUGUAUGUGAUCGUAUGUGAUUGAGCGUGGACACGUUAUUCAUUUAACCAACAAAAAUCUUCUGAGCGUCUACAAUGUGCCAGGUACAGAACAUACAGUCAAUUAUUCUUAGCCUUGCCCUCAUGGCUCUAAUUUUCUAUAUUUGAGGAAUUGUGGGUAAUGUUUGAGACUGUGCAAGGAACAUGGAAGUGUGUGUGUGUGUGUGUGUGUUGCUUCAGCUAAGGAGAGUAACUUCUGACUGAGAAGGGUCCCAGAGACUUGUAGAAGACUUCUAGCAACUUUGAAGCCAGCAGGACCAGCCCCACAAAGGGAGACAAAUCCAAGGUUGUUGCCAUAGAGACCACAGAGGGGACAGGUGCCUCCUAGCCAUUGCCUGAACAGAAGGUCCACUAUGGCAAGCUUUUGAAAGUAUUUUGCUAGACUUGCUAAAACUGGAGCUGACCCCGAAAGAACCUGUCCUGAAGAAAAAUCCUUGCCGGGAAUGGGUCACUAUUCUUCGGGCACCAUCACCAGAGACUUCAAGUUGAAGACAGUUCAUAAACCAUGGUUGACACACGUGCUGCCCACUGUCUCCACUGAGGACCUUGCUGUUCUGUUUGUGUCCCUAAAAGGCUGUGCCUGUUCAGUACAUGGCGACUCUCCCUUACUGAAAGGAAGGUCAGGGUGACACCCUUAACUUUGAUUGGCGCCUUGGGUAAGCAUGUAGGUCUCCCCAAGUUAAAUCCUAGGAAGCAUGACUUGGAGGGGAGAGAGUGUUGUUGAAACAGGAGAUCAAGAGUUUGAGGCCAGCCUUGACUGUAUAGCAAGUUUGAGGUCAGUUUGGGUCACAUGGUAGCCAUCUCAAUAAAUAAGGAGGCCUCAAGUCUAUAAUCUGAUAAUUGUGGGAGGGGGAAGAGGAUGGAAAGUAUCAGGAGCAUUGUACGAAGGUCUAGAGCCCACCGAGCUCCAGAGAAACCAGGAAUGUUAAGCACACAGGGCUGCCUGUCCAAUGGGAAAGAUGAUAAACCUGCUCUUCCAUCCAGAAAGCUGAGAACUGGAAGCUGUGCUCUGUGUUAUCCGUUGGUCCAGGCCAUAUCAAGCUCCCACAAUCAGGACCAGAGCUGGCUUACAGCUCAGAUGACCUCUACACUAUCUGUGUGACCAAGAUCAGGCCAGCCCCUUCCUUAGGCCCUUAAGCUAGUACAGGUAGCACAUUUCUAGAAUUCACCUUCUUAGAAGGCAUGACAUGCACCUGAGUUGAGUCUCAGUGUAAUUAUGUUUCCUUGUGCAACAGAGGUUGUCUUAAGCCUUUUCCCAGAUGAUACUGGGCUUAAAUACAUCAGGAACAAAGCAUCUGUUGUUAGACUCCCUGAAGUCUGAUCCAGGUUGAGGAAGUCAAUCUGCACUGGGUUUUCAUUGUUAGCUCUUCUCCCUGUUCACUGCCAUGUAUGGUAGCUGCCCCUUCUGAAAAACAAUUACCAUGAAAUCCAGUUGUGGAUGGGUGGAGAAGUCUCUCUUUGGGGACCUACAAGCUUCCACUACUUCCGGGAUCUGUGAGGGCUCCAAGUGAAUUGCAUUUCACAACUGUAAUUUGUGUGCAUAGGAAAUGUAAUCUUUUGAGACCGAUUCUUGCUCUGCAGCCUAUGUUGGUCUGGAACUUACUAUGUACCCAAGGCUGUCCUUUAUUUAGCUCAUGAUCCUCCUGCCUCAGUACCUCUAGGAUAGUAAUCACAGGCUUGCACCACCUAUGUCUAUGGGAUUUUCCUACUGUCUGAUAACAUGGAGAACCCCAUGUAUCUUUUUGUUUUCAGACACUGUAGCCCUGCAACCAUCAAACUCACUCAAUCCUUCAGCCUCAGAUCUGUGGUCAAGAAGCCUGUAGCUCUAUAGGUUGGAGAGAUGAUGAAGUCAGUUUAGUCUUUGGGGCUUCGGUGCCUGACCACAUGAGUUUGAUCACCAGGUCUCUGUAGAAGGGUCUCCAUAUGAGAGUCAUGCGAUGGGCACCCACCUCAACACAGACACACAGACACAUACCACACACACACACACA